UGGUGGGCGGAGUCAGGCGGGCAGCUGGUCGCUUCCGGAUGUCCUCCCGGAGCUCUCAGCAUUGCCUCUGAGCUGCAAAGGCUGCAAGAGGUGAGCGGCGUUGAGCCCCGUGUGCGUCACGGUGCGGGGACUGGCUCCAGAGCGGUGUCCGCGGGCCGCAGUGACCGGCGUGCCUCUGUCUCACUGCCCGGCGGUGUCAGUUUUGUCCUGAGAGAAGAUGGGAAAGGGCUGCAAGGUUGUCGUUUGUGGGUUGUUGUCUGUUGGGAAAACUGCAAUUCUGGAGCAACUCCUUUAUGGGAAUCAUACCAUUGGAACGGAAGACUGUGAGACAAUGGAAGACGUGUACAUGGCCUCGGUGGAGACGGACCGUGGAGUGAAGGAGCAGCUCCACUUAUAUGACACCCGAGGCCUGCAGGAAGGCGUGGAGCUGCCAAAGCAUUAUUUCUCUUUUGCUGAUGGUUUUGUUCUUGUGUACAGUGUGAAUAACCUUGAAUCCUUUCAAAGAGUAGAGCUUCUGAAGAAAGAAAUUGAUAAGUUCAAAGACAAAAAAGAGGUGGCAAUUGUUGUGCUGGGAAACAAAAUCGACCUUUCUGAGCAGAGACAAGUGGAUGCUGAGGUGGCGCAGCAGUGGGCGAAGAGUGAGAGAGUGAAACUGUGGGAGGUGACAGUGACUGACCGGAGGACACUGAUUGAGCCCUUCACUUUACUAGCCAGCAAGCUUUCCCAGCCCCAGAGCAAAUCCAGCUUCCCUUUGCCUGGGAGGAAAAAUAAGGGGAACUCCAAUUCUGAAAACUGAGUCAAGCCUUGAACCGUCCGUAGCAUGGCACAAGGUUACGGUUUACCAUUGCCCUUUAUAAACCACCUCUGGGACUUAGGGAACCCUAGUGGGAAUCCAAUGCACUUUAUGUUAUAGUUAACUUACUGGGCUAAGUUAUUAUUGUUGGACAUUUUGUCUUUAUUUGAAACCUAUUCUUGAAAUCACCAUCUUUGUUAUCUAUGUUGCGCUUUUCAUUAAUAGUAAAAUAAAAUUUGUAGAGUAUGCAGUGUUCCAUGGGAACCCUUCUAGCCUGUCAGGAACUGUCCAGUCAUUGUAAUUUUAUGCAAAUUCCUUAUUGCGAAUAUAAUUUCAAAAAGGCUUAUUACUAUA